AAUCCUCAAAAAGAAAUGUCCAACCAAAGCACUGUGAGUGAGUUUAUUCUCCUGGGAUUUUCUGAUAUCCGAGAGCUGCAGAUUUUAUACUUUGCGACAUUUUUCAUCAUCUAUCUGACAGCCCUGAUUGGAAAUCUUCUGGUGAUCAUUGUUGUAGCACUCAACCAAUCUCUUCACACUCCAAUGUACUUUUUCCUGAUGAAUCUAUCUACUGUUGACCUUGGUUACAUCUCAGUGACCAUCCCUAAAGUCAUGAAUAAUUCCUUGUGGGCAACUAGACAGAUUUCGUAUGUUGCAUGUGUGACUCAGCUCUUCUUCUUUCUUGUAUUUCUGUCAUCGGAAUUCUUUCUCCUAACAGUCAUGGCCUAUGACCGAUUUGUUGCCAUUUGCAAUCCAUUGCAAUAUGAACAACUCAUGAACAAAGUGUCCUGUGUUCAAAUGACAGCUGCUGUGUGGAUCAUUAGCUUUUGCAAUGCUGUUUUGCACACAACAUGCACAUUUGGAAUCACCUUCUGCUCCAAUGUCAUCAACCAGUUCUUCUGUGAAAUCCCACAGAUUCUCAGGCUCUCUUGCUCUAGCUCUUUUGUUCCAGAAAAAGGAGCUGUCAUUGCUUGUUCACUCCUUGGUGUGGGAUGUUUUGCAUUCAUUGUGAUUUCCUAUCUCCAGAUUUUCAGAGCAGUGCUUAAGAUCCCCUCUGCACAAGGAAGGAAAAAAGCCAUUUCUACUUGCCUUCCCCACCUCAUUGUCCUUUUCUUGUUCUACUUUACUGGAAGUGUUGCUUAUUUGAGACCGAUGUCUAGUUCCUCAUCAGACACUAAUUUAGCAGUUGCUGUAAUGUACUCAAUCAUCCCCCCUUUCAUGAAUCCUAUUAUCUAUAGCAUAAGGAAUAAAGAGAUUAUGUCAGGACUGUGGAGGCUUUUAUAUAAAAAUAAAAUUUUCACCUUCACUUACAAAUGGGGUGUUGGCUUUAUUAAAAAAUAG